UUAAAAAUUACGUUAUAAGACUUUUAUCAUAUAUAUAUAUGACACAGUUGCUAACAACCAUGCAUUAUAAUGUAAUGUUUUUAUAUCUGUGAUUGUAUUAUAUCUUCGAUCCCAUCUGUUUACUCAGUAUACUCGUCCGUCGUCUAUUGCUUAUGCAGUAAACUCACAAAUGAGGGUGAGUGAAGUCCGUAAUAAAUUCAUGGUAGGGAUUGUAGGUAGAUACAGUUACAGACUGUACAGACUCCGUGAGUACCUACCUACUUAUUAAAUCCAUGAAGUGAAGCACGGAAUUAGUAGGUACUACGAAGUAGAAAUGAAUUUAACAGGCACAGUGAUUGACACAUAAACAUAACCUAUUUUCAUAACGUAAACAAACCGAAAUGUUAGCUGAUAGUAGUAAAUUGAAAGCACUACCUCCACCUCAAUGUCAAUACUUCGUAGUCAGAAAGAAGCGGCUAUGUCGUAUGACCGUACGGCCUGGCCGGCAAUACUGCGGCGAACACGAACCACAACCCAGAAGAGAAGACGGAGAGAGAGACACCCGCAUUCCAUGUCCUAAUGACCCAAAGCACACCUGCUAUGCCAGCAAACUAGAGAAGCACCUCACAAUCUGCAAUGCUCGGCCCACUGACCUGCCUGACUAUAUCAUACCAAAUGUGAACAUCCCAGCUGCGACAGACACCUUCACCCGGACCACACUCAGCGAGGUCCCGAGGGAUAUACUGGCACAGGUUGUUGAUAAAGUCAAUUGUUUGUACGAAAAGUAUGUAAAACAUGAAAUAAAAUCACUGAAAGAGCAGCCAAUCCACUGGACAGUUGUGGAGGAGUUCAGUGACCCGUCCCGCACGGAGAGCUCCCUCAGACACCUGAGACAGACCUCCAGCUUGCUGCACAUGAUGGAGACGGCUGGUCUGGUGCGAGACCACACCUGCUAUGUGGAGCUUGGAGCGGGGAAAGGCUUGGUGUCCUACUACUUGUGGCAAGCUUGGUGCAGCGCGGGGUCGGACAGCACGGGGCUGCUGCUGGACCGCGCGGCGCUGCGUCACAAGCGCGACAACAAGCUGCCGGCGCGCGUCGUGCGCGUGCGCGCUGACCUCGCGCACGUCGCGCUCGAGCGCGUGCCCGCCGUGCGCGCGCGCCCGGGAGUGGUGGGCGUCGCCAAGCAUCUCUGCGGGGCUGCUACAGACUUGGCACUGCAUUGCAUGACGUCCGCGGCGGUGCUCCACAAGACCCGGGGCCUCGCGAUGGCCACUUGCUGCCACCACCGCUGCGAUCCGCACGUCUAUUUGGGCAGAGAACAGUUGCGGGAACUGGGUGUAACAGAUGAAGACUUCAACGUCAUAUUAGGAAUAGUAUCCUGGGCGACGUGCGGCGACGGCCGGCCCCGGGAGAAACGCGCCGAAACCGAAGAAGAAACAGAUAGAGAACUUGUGGCGAAUGAUGCAGAGAUGCGACGACAGAGGGCGCUGACCGGCAGGAAAGCUAAAUCACUGCUUGACUGGGGUCGCGCGGCCGCGCUCAGGGGGAAAGGAUUCAAUGUUGAUCUGGUGAUAUUUGUGCCCGACAGUGUGUCGCCCGAAAACCUAGCUAUAGUUGCUGUGAAGCCGUGAGAGUGGAUACAAUGUGCAAUUUAUUUAUAACGUAAUAGGAAAUAUUUGAGAGCUC